UUCCCGAUUCAUUGUCGACAUGGCGCAGGCGGAGCGGCAGCGCGGACGCAGCACGGCGCAGCGAAGCUCGUGAAAUAAACGACAACAGCCAGGACGACGCAGAAAGUUCCAGUCUCACGGGAUAAUUUCGCUUCAUACGGUUUAAACUUCAGUGCGGCUUUCGGGUUAACUAAACAGACUAAAGAUGAUGUCUGAUGCCAGCGAUAUGUUGGCAGCUGCUUUGGAGCAAAUGGAUGGCAUCAUAGCAGGCUCCAAAUCGAUUGACUAUUCCAAUGGGAUCUUUGACUGCCAGUCUCCGACCUCACCGUUCAUGGGAAACCUGCGGGCGCUGCACCUAAUCGAGGAUCUGAGGGGAGUUCUGGACCUCAUGGACACGGAGGAGAGAGAGGGACUGCGCUGCCAGAUACCCGACUCGACAGCACAGAGUCUGGUGGAGUGGCUACAGGGACACCUAUCAAAUGGGCACAUUUCAGUGACUGGUGAUAUUUACCAAGACAGACUUAACCGCCUUGAAACUGACAAGGAAUCCCUCGUGCUUCAGGUGAGUGUCUUGACAGACCAGGUGGAAGUCCAAGGUGAAAAGAUCAGAGAUUUAGACCUGUGCCUUGAGGAACACCGUGAAAAACUCAACUCCACAGAGGAAAUGCUACAACAGGAGCUUAUCUGUAGAUCAACGCUUGAGACCCAGAAGAUGGAGCUGAUGGCAGAGAUUUCCAAUUUAAAGCUCAAGCUGACUGCCAUGGAGAAGGAGAAAAUAAACUUCGAUGAACAAUUUAGAGAUAGUGAGGGUUUGAUCCUGGAGAUUAACGAGCUGAGGUAUCGCAUUACUGAGAUGGAGAACGAACGGUUGCAGUAUGAGAAGAAACUGAAGUCGACCAAGUCGCUAAUGGCAAGGCUGUCUAGCCUGAAAAUCAAAAUGGGCCAGAUGCAGUAUGAAAAACAGAGGACGGAGCACAAAAUCCAGGCACUCGAGGAUGAGCUGGCUAUUCUAAGAAGGCAGCUGGAUGGUAAAGAUGGAGAACUAAGAAGACUACAGGAUGAGACAGGGUCGAGAUCGCCCACACCUGCAGGCUUAGAAACCACCGAGAGAGAGGAUACUUUUAAGCAGAGGCUGAAAGAGAAACAUUUGGAAGUGCAAAGAAUGAAGAAGGCAGUUGAGUCACUUCUGGCAGCCAAUGAAGAAAAGGAUCGCAAGAUCGAGGAGCUUCGACAGUCACUCACACGUUACAAAAAGGUGCAAGACAUGGUCAUGUCUGUGCAGGGAAGGAAAGAUAAAUUGGAAGAAGAAAGCGACGAGAGCCACAGCGACAGCUCUCUCUCCAUGUCGACGGCAAUGUCGGUUUCCAUGGAUCCUGACAAGUCCGUCCUGUCAUGUACUGAGGACGUAAAGAGUCAAGAUGAGUCGAAGACCUUUGUCAGCAUGCUGCAGGUGUCUUCACUUUCAUCCACAUCACAACCCAAACUAGACACUGAUGUAGAUCUGGAGCCAGUCCAGUCACACAGUGAUGCAGUGCAUCAGGAGCCAAGUCAGUCACAGGAGCCGGUGAUUAGUACCAGUCUGGAAAAUGUGGACGUCCCUAAAUCUAGCAGCCUGAGCAAACUUGACAGCAGCACAAGUGAAAAGAGGCCUUUGGCAGUUGGAAAGAGUCCAGCAGAAAGUCGUGCUUUUGAUGAGUUCAACAAGAUCACAACCUUACCCCCCAAGUCCACAAGCGGCACCCGUGCUGUCGAAUAUGACGCUUUUGGCACAAAGAAGGCGAGAUCGUCAUUUGGUCGAGGUUUCUUUAAGCUCAGAGGAGGCAAGAGGACAGCCAGUGCUCCAAAUCUUGCUGAGACAGAGCGUGACGGUAUGGAUCACCUGGAUCUUGCAGGGAUGCCACAGAAAUCUAGCACCAGUGACAGCACAAAUACUCUCUCCAGCUGUUUAGAGGGCAAGAAGAAGUCUAAGGGAAUCAAAGCCUUCAUAGGAAAGCUUACAAGAAGUCAGUCAACCACAUUCACCUUGGAUGACAACAUAUCAGAGAACGAGUUCAAGCGGGGAGGAGUCAGAGCCACAGCUGGUCCAAGGCUGGGAUGGUCACGUGAUCUACACAAUACUAGCAGUGAGGUGGAUGCUCCGUUUGCACGCUGGUCCCGGGAGCAGGUGUGUGACUGGAUGCAGGAACAAGGACUGGGUCUGUACGUAAAUCAUGCCAAACAGUGGAUUUCCUCAGGACAGACUCUCUUGCAGGCUUCUCCACAGAACUUAGAAAAGGAGCUGGGUAUCAAGCAUCCUCUCCACAGGAAGAAACUGCAACUGGCUCUACAAGCACUGGGAUCUGAGGAGGAUGACAACAAGGGCAAGCUCGACUACCAGUGGGUGACAAGAUGGCUUGAUGAUAUUGGACUUCCUCAGUACAAAACUCAGUUUGAUGAGGCAAGAGUGGACGGGCGAAUGCUACACUACAUGACCGUGGAUGAUCUGCUGUCCCUGAAAGUGGGCAGUGUGCUGCAUCACCUCAGCAUUAAGCGAGCAAUCCAAGUGCUCCGUCUCAGCAAUUACGAGCCCAACUGUCUCCGCCGUAGACCUUCAGAUGAGAACAACAUCACUCCGGCUGAGAUCUCUCAAUGGACCAAUCACCGUGUGAUGGAGUGGCUGCGUUCUGUAGAUCUGGCAGAAUAUGCGCCCAAUCUAAGGGGCAGUGGUGUCCAUGGAGGACUGAUGGUUCUGGAGCCUCGCUUUAAUGUGGAGACAAUGGCACUCCUUCUGAACAUUCCUCCCAACAAGACCUUGCUCCGAAGACACCUGGCUACACAUUUUAACCUGCUGGUGGGUUCAGAGGCCCAGCAGACAAAGCAGGAGUGUAUGGAGAAUCCUGACUACACUUUACUCACUGCAACUGCAAAAGUCAAGCCAAGAAAGCUGGCAUUCGGAAGCUUUGGGACUUUGAAGAAGAAGAGGCAGGAGGAAAACGAGGAGUAUGUGUGUCCCAUGGAUGUGGAAAUGCCAAAAGGUCACAGUUUCCAGAAGAACUUCCGGGGCAUGGAGCUGCACAUUUAUGAGGACGACCUGGACCGACUAGAACAGAUGGAGGACUCUGAGGGAACUGUGCGACAAAUCGGAGCUUUCUCAGAGGGCAUCAACAACUUGACGAGUAUGCUGAAAGAUGACGAGUUCUUUAAGGAGAUUGUAACAUCGUCCCCGAACCCCAGCGUGACUGAUGACGACUCCAAUAUUUGAGGAUGUUUUUUAUGGGCGUAACUGCCCAUAGUGGUGCUGCUGUGAUCAGAACUGACUGUGCCAACCUCUCUGCACAUCUCUCUCUCUGUCUCAGUCUGUCAGUGAUCGCUACACUUUUAGUGUAUUCACUUACCUUACAUAAACUCUAUAUAACAGUGUUUGCCACAGUACAGUGCAGAGUAGGUGUCACUUUUUAAGCUAAAGUAUCUCAAGUAUGUCAAGGUUGUAAUUACGUCUCCCUGGAGCAGAUGUAAGUGCAUAUUGAAUACCCGGUCUCGUUUUUGCUUGGACAUGUAUGAUUAUAACGUAGUUACACUUUAGUGAUGUAUUUUUAAAGAGAGUUUUUAAGGGAAAAAAAUGGCAGCCCUACUGUAGUUUGCCUCCCAACUGGGGACUGGAGAUUUCAUGCACAGUUUAUUUGUCGACUGGCCUUCCACUCCCAUCUGUUGUGUCCAUUAUGGCAAACAGAGCACAAUGACACUUUUAGCCUCAAAAUAAUAGAAUUUAUUUUAGGAAGUGAUGGCCAUUUUUUACAGUGAUUAAAAAAAAAAAAAAAAAAAAAAAAAAGGACAGUCCUGUUACACACUCCUAGUAAGAAUUGCCAAAUUCCACAAUGACCACAAGAAUUCUGCCAUAUUUACAUUUUUCUUAAGAACUUUUCAGUAUUUGAUAUAUUUAUAUGAGGUCAAUUUGACCCUGAACUCUGUGUAUGCUAAUUGAUGCCUGUGUUUGCAUGCAAUACCCUUAACACUCAUGAAACUCAGUGUGUGCCUUGUUUUCCUUCCUACCUUGUGUCCACCGUUUUAACCAGGAUAAAGAGAUUAUUGAAGAUGAAAUGCAAUAAAUACUCAGUACAGUGUAUUGGAUUCCCUAUUUGUACAGUUGCAUGUUAUUUAAGCUUUUCUCAUUUUUUAUUAUUGUGCAUCAAUUAACAUAUCGAAACUGUUUGUAUUACUUAUCAAAGCAGUGAUCUUCUGGCAGCCAUACUUGUGUGUCAUUUUAUUAUUAUGCUCAUUUGUAAAAGAUUAAUAAAUUGUAAAAGUGUACCACAUA